AUGAUGCGAUAUUUUAUUUUUUUUCUUACAUUUUGGUUAAAUAUUUAUAAAUGUAUUAACAUUAAAAUUAGAAAUAAUUAUGGAUUUAUAAACUUAAAUAAUAAUUUGAGAAUACUUCACAAAAAUAAACAUGUCCUUUAUUCGAAAGUUGAAAUAAAAAUGCCUGCCCUAUCUAGUACUAUGACGAGUGGCAAAAUUGUUCGCUGGAAUAAAACUGUUGGAGAAUUUAUCAAUGUUGGAGAUAUAAUUAUGACAGUAGAAAGUGAUAAAGCAGACAUGGAUGUUGAAUCGUUUGAUGAAGGAUAUUUAAGAAGGAAAAUAAUCGAAGAAGGGUCUGAGGCAAAUGUUGGAGAUGUACUAGGAAUUCUAACGACUGAAGAAAAUGAAGAAGUGGAAAAUGUAGAUUCGGUAAAAGAAGGAACAAUAAAUGACGAAACUAUAAAAGAAGGAACAAUAAAUGAAAAAGCUACACAAGAAGGAACAAUAGAUGAAGAAGCGAUAAAAGAAGAAGGCGUGGAAAAAGAUAUAUACAUUCCAUCAGUGCAAAGUAAAAGAAAUAAAGUAAGAAUUUCCAAAUGGUUAUGUAAAGAAAACGAGUUUGUGAAUAAAUAUGAUGUUAUAUUUCACAUUGAGGACGACAAAAGUACAGUUGAAGUGGAUAGCCCUUAUACAGGUACAAUAAAAACAAUUUUAGUGAAAGAAGGAGAACUUGCAGAUUUGGAAAAAGAAGUUGCCAUAAUUUUAGUUAAAAAGGAACCAAAUGAACUGGACACCCCCCCUAUAAAUUUAAAUAGCAAAAUAAAAGAGCGUGAUGUAAUAACACAUUUUAAAAAAAAAAUAAAAGACACUAAAGAAGGGAAACAAUUUUUAAAAACAUUAAAUUAUGAUACUGAAAAGAUACUUGAGGAGAGGCUCAAAUUAAAUAGCGAUAAAUAUUAUCAAGAUAUUCACAACAAUUUUAGAUCUUCUGAAUUGGACCCAAAAAGCAUCAAGGGGGGUAUACAGAACAACCAAGAACAUGGACAAUUGCAUGAAAAAAUAGUAUUGCCAUCUGCCAUUGAACUUAUGAAGAAGCAUAAACUAACUCCCGAAGAUAUCACAUACACGAGCAUACCGAACAGAAUCACUUACGAAGAUGUCGACAUAUUUCUCGAAAAAAAAAAAAAAAUUCCAAAAAUAGAAACUGGUCCAACAGUAGAAACCGAUACAAGAGUGGUAAAACUAACGAAUAUACAAAAGUCUAUAAAAAAUAAUAUGAUGCUAACAUUAAACGUUCCAGUAUUUCGAAUAACACAUUUAAUGAAAACUUCUCAAUUAAUAAAAAUAUAUGAACAAGUAAAAGAUAAAAUAAGUAUGUCAGUCAUAUUAAAUAAAUGUGUAUCUUUGGCUUUACUUAAAAAUCCAUUAAUAUAUUCAACAUAUAUAGAUAAUGAAAAUGGAGAAAUUCGAUAUAAUAAAAGUGUAAAUAUAGGAAACGCAUUAGGGCUCAUUGACUGUUUAUUAACGCCUGUUUUAAAAAAUGUCGAUCAAAAAGAUAUAUAUACAUUGUCAACAGAAUGGAAAGAUCUGAUAAAAAAAGGAAAAAGUGGAACCCUUUCAGCAAAUGAAAUGUCUGGAGGUAAUUUUUUUAUUUCGAAUUUAGGAAUGUUUAACACAUAUCAGUUUGAUGCUAUUUUGCCAAAAAACGUAUCAUGUAUUUUAUCAAUUGGUACAAAUAUAGUUAGUAUAAAUCAGUUUGACGAUUUAAAAAUAAAUAAAGGAAUAAUGAUGACUUUAACAUGUGAUCAUAGACAUAUAUAUGGUUCCCAUGCUGCUACAUUUAUGAAUGAUUUAGCAAAUAUCAUUGAAAAUAAUAUCAUGGAUAUAUUUUUAUAA